AUGACACACAGUGUGCCGUGCCUGGCGCUGGCUGGGAAUGCGCGGGAGCGGCUCGCUGCGGCGUGGGUGCUUCUGGAGCUGCGAGCUCCCGUCGUCGUGGUGGGACGAGGUCCGGAGGUCCCACCCGGUGCGGUGCGGUGGGAAGGGGACAAAGACUGGAGAUGGCUGAUGGACAAGGGUUUAAUGACGAGGUCCACCUGUUUUUCGGACGACGAGCGAUUGAUGUUGCUAGCUGGGAUGGGGAGGUUGGAGAUGGGACGGAAGCUGGAGUUCGAGCAUCCGUCCAUCCACCACGAAAAAAACGGCGCCCUCUGGCAACCAGGCCACUCCGAUGUGGCAAGGCAAGGGUACGACAGAUGGAAGCGCCGGCCAGGCGACGAUCACAGCUUCGCCUCUUGUUCUUUUUCUUCCAGCCUGGUCUGGAACAUCCAGACUGGAAUCUGUCCUCAUGACCUGGCCUUGCCUCCCCCAGCGAUGACCGGAAAUCACCCCAUUCGCCAAACCUGCAACAAGGACAGAAUAGGGCCCUUGGCGGCCAGCACGUUUCGGCCUUAUAUUCCCAUGAAACAAAUACUGGACCAGCCUGCAUCCAUCAUGUACGAAGUCGCAGAUUCUUCUUCACGCAACCCGUUCACGUCGCUCACGCUCCGUCGCCGCACCACCACCACGACGCACUGCAACGCCAGAAGCGACGGUUGUGACGGUGGAGCGGACUACAAGAGUCGCAAAGGCCGUACGGAGUGCUACGAACAAGUGCGCUUCCGCUUCCCUCUGAGCGAUUCAGCACGUCGAUAUCAAUGGUGCCCGUCACACGGCAUCCAGAAAGAGGGCGGCCCAAUCAGCGAAGCUUGGGCCGUUGGACUGCGCGACGGUUCCAGCGCUGGUGUGGCGCCUCCUCGAGUCAAUCGUUUCGAUGCGACGCCCAUGUGA